GACGUUGGCGAGGCGCGGAUCCGGCAGACACUUCGUGACGUGCACGAUAUUGGCAUUGUAUCUCUAUCCUGCAGCGCAAAUGAUGCUCUCCUUCUAACAAGCAGCAUGGACGGCCGCGUGGCGCUGUGGCAGUGGGACGACAGUGAAUCCCUGCAGCCUAUUGCACAGACGCCAAGCGUGCGUGGACAGGUGGUCGAUGGAGAACCUGUGCGUGCUGAGGCUUGGACCACGGUACUGCAUCCUGACGGUACCUCAUUUGCCGCCGCGGGCGAAGGCGCUUUGGUCGUGCUUUACUCGGCGGCGCCCGAGUCGUUUGGACAGGCGCUCGGGCGCCUUCCCGCGGACGGCCUGGAGCCUGGUGCAUACGCCUUGACGCUCGAAUUUGCCAUCCGGCGACAGUUCCAUGGCCAUGCGAUUACGGCACUGCAGGGGCACAAGGGCUGGAUCCUCGAUGUCCAGGCAGGAGGAGAUGGGCGUAUUGUGGCUACAUGGUACGUCGAUCGAUACUGA